AUGUCCGGAGUACGAGUAAAGGAGCAUGAGCAGCUUAGGGUUAUGGACAGCUGGAAUUUUAACGCUAUCCAAUGUAAUAAGGUCAAAUCUGUACCCCCUUGUCCAGUUACAGUGCCAUUAUCAGCGUACAAGGCUCUAGUGGUUGAGGAAGAUAAGGCUGUGCAUUUGGUCAUACGCUUCACCCAACUAUUAUGUAACAGCACACAUCCCAUGACAGUAUAUGAGAAAUGCCAUAUUGAACGAGGGCAUGACAUUACAACAAUAACAAUACGACAAAAGCUACUGCAGCCCAUCUACAGAGUACAACUCUCGAAGAGUCUUAAUCGCAUUUGGUAUACUUUCAACAAUGUAGAUGCCUGCGCUUUCGUAUUGAGACGUCGAAAUCCAGUGCUGAGAUUACUCUUUGCGAAUUUUCAAAAAUUCAGCAAUAUUAAUCACAGUUGCCCAUUCACGGACUAUUUAAUAGUCGAUCGUUUCGCUAUAAGUGAUAUUCAGGUGGCGCGCUUACCAAUUCUAGCGGGAGAAUAUGCAUUGCUGACGGCUUGGCAAUUGAACGGUGUCGAUGCUGCUUAUACCAAUGUAUUUGUGAUUUAUAGCUAG